GUGACUGCCACGUACUGGUUGACAGCUGAGAGGGGUCACUUCCUGAUGCUGCUCUUGCUAGGCUAGUAGCAAGCAACCUACUUUUAUUUUCACCGUUGUUUUUUUUUAUAGUGGGUAGCAAACACCAGUGAAAUACGGCGUGGUUAUAAGGAGCAGGGUCAUUCAACUGAAGGCUCGCGGACCAAGUCUGGCCUGUGGAUGUCAUCAAAACCGCGCCGGCCACCAGUUUAGUGUGGUUGGAGCUGAUAGAGUCUGGACGGCACAAUGAACGGCCAGCUCGACCUGAGCGGGAAGCUGAUCAUCAAAGCCCAGCUGGGCGAUGACAUCAGACGCAUCCCCAUCCACAACGAAGACAUCACUUACGACGAGCUUGUGCUGAUGAUGCAGCGUGUCUUCCGAGGCAAACUGCAGAGCACAGACGAGGUCACCAUCAAAUACAAGGACGAAGAUGAUGACCUCAUCACCAUCUUUGACAGCUCUGACCUCUCCUUCGCUAUCCAGUGCAGUAGAAUUCUCAAGCUCACUUUGUUCGUGAACGGCCAGCCAAGGCCUUUGGAAUCCAGUCAGGUGAAGUACCUGCGCAGGGAGCUCAUCGAGCUGAGGAAUAAAGUCAACACCCUGCUGGAUACCUUGGAGCCUCCCACAGAGCCCGGUGUGGUCGCCACUGCACCAGAAAGCGAAACAGUUGAUGGACGUGAAGGCAAAGUGGCGACAACAGACUCCGCCGCCAAACAUGUGACCCCCGUCAGUGCAGCAAGCAUGUCCGCCUUUGACCCCCUGAAGAACCACGAUGAAGUCAACAAGAAUGUAAUUUCAGCUUUCGGCCUGAGCGAGGACCAGCCCCCAGCUCCGCCAGCAGCCGCCCCAGAGGAGCGUUCAGGGACCCCGGAUAGCAUCGCUUCCUCCUCGUCUGCAGCCCCUCAGCCAGGAUUGCCUCCCCAAGCACAGGCUUCCUUUCCCGGAGUACAGCAGGGACCCCCAGCUGGCAUGGAUGGUCAGGUGUACCAACAGUACCAGGCCCCAGGUGGAUACCCGCCACAGCAGCCAGGUGGCCCCCCUCAGCCGCAGUACGGAAUGCAGUAUCCUGCAGGAUACAGUUCCCAGCCGGGAGCCCCCCAGCCCGCUCCGCAGCAGCCCCAGCAGCAGCAGCAGUUCCAGAACUACGCGCCUCCUUCAUCCCAGGCCCCUGCCCCAGGCCAGUCCCCAGCUGUCCCAGGCUUCCAAGGUGGCCAACAGCCUCAGCAGCAACAUCCUCCUCAGGGACCCCAGCAGUACCCACCAGGAGCCUUCCCUCCCCAAAACUAUACCUCCCAGGCGUCGCAGCCCGCCAACUACAGCAUGCCACCCAACUCCCAGCCUGGUUACCAGCCUCGCCCGGGGUACACCCCACCUCCAGGGAGCACCCCACCACCCGGGGCUGCUAACCCAUACGCCCGCAACCGCCCCCCUUACGGUCCGGGCUACACUCAGCCAGGCCCCGGAUACCGAUAAGAGGGGUAUGUAAAUGAUCCCCUCUCUCUCUCUCUCUCUCUCUCUCUCUCUCUCUCUCUCUCUCUCUCUCUCUC